AUGGGCAACGUUUCGACAAGGAUAAAAAGGAAAUUGUCCAGGCGGCGCAAAUCGGGAGAGGAUAUUGAAUCAUCGAGUGAAGACUAUCAUGAAACGCAACAAACAGAAGAAACGAAUGGAGAAUCCCCGGCCAUAAAGCAAUCGCUUUAUCGAGUAGGGUCCGUAUCGGAUGAUGACUUGAGGGAAUUGGACCUUGUCAAUAGCAACAGUGGGGAAGGGAGUGAGCGGGAAGGAAGUCAGAGGGCUAGGACAUCGACUUAUGGAAACGUCAGAGAUGCCGCCAUGAUGAAUCUCUCAGCGGUCGAACCAUCCAAACAUGAUCAAAGUGUUCCGAUGGGUGUCAUCGGACUUAAGAAUCUCGGGAAUACCUGUUUCAUCAAUAGUAGUCUGCAAUGUCUCAGCGCGACAAUUCCCUUGACCGAUUACUUUUUGGGCUUUGAUUAUCGUUCCGAAAUCAACAAGGAAAACUUUUUGGGGACGGGUGGGAAACUGGCUACUGCCUAUGCGGAGUUGAUGAAGAAAAUGUGGGUCGGCACCAAUUCGUCGGUUCACCCAGGAGAAUUCAAAUCACAGCUAGGGACCUUUGCACCACAAUUUGAUGGAUAUCGUCAGCAUGAUUCGCAAGAGUUGCUGGCCUUUUUGCUGGAUGGAAUUCACGAAGAUUUGAAUCGGGUAAAGAAUCGACCGUAUAUUGAGGACAAGGAUUGCGACGGGAAGAGUGACGAAAAGGAUGCCAUCGAAUCAUGGAAGAAUUAUCUGCAACGGAACAAGUCUUUGGUGGUAGAUCUAUUCCAAGGACAGCUGAAGAAUACCUGCACAUGCCUGACUUGUGGUCACAAAAAUAUCCGUUUCGAGCCAUUUAUGUAUCUGUCGUUACCGAUUAACAGAAAGUGUCGGUCCAUAGAAGAUUGCAUGAAGAUUUAUUUGCAAGAAGAAACCUUGACGGGGAUGAAUCAAUGGUAUUGUUCCAAAUGCAAAGAACAUCGGGAUGCUACCAAAAAGACUGAUUUUUGGAUCUUGCCUCCAAUAUUGAUUGUUCACUUGAAACGAUUCAAAUAUGAUGAGACGGGACAGGUUGGGUCGAAAAAUGAACAACCCAUUCAGUAUCCAGUGUCACAGUGGGACCUCAAGUCCAAAGUGAAAAGUCGGGGUACGAUAUAUCCGAAAUAUGAUUUAUAUGCAGUGUCGAACCACAUGGGGGGGUUGGGAGGAGGACACUACACAGCGCUUGCUUUGAAUCGAUUUGAUGACCAGUGGUAUGAGUUUAAUGAUAGCUCGUACCGGAGUGUUGAUGCAUCAGUACACCGAGACCAUCACAAGACGGCGUAUGUUCUAUUCUACAACAGAUCAGAAGGGGAUUCCAACAUGCCAUUGAACGAUCGAGCGCCAGUGAUUCGCAGACAGAGUGUCAGUCGACCAGAUCUCUGGCCACAUACUCAAGUGGAUGACCCAAGUCAAAUUAGAGCCUUUAGAAGAUCAAGAGCGUACUCUGGGGAAUACAAGUCGGGAUUGAAAGGAAUGGGAAGUCCAUUACAAUCACCAAAUUCACCUCGCAGAGCCGCCCGUGCUGGUACCAUGUCAAUACCACAGUUGCCGAUAUCACCUGUGUCACCUCGUCGACAAUCUCGGAUUGACAAAUUGUUAGAUGAAGGAGAGGAAAAACCGUCUUCCGAACGGAAGAAAGAACGGAGAAAAUCGCCAAAAGACAAAUCAAAUCGACAACAUUAUCGACGAUCACGAAGUCGUUCUGGAGACUAUAGUCGAAAUUCGAGCCGAUCGGGGUCUGAAGAAAGAGCGUCCAAUAAAUUGCGAAAAGGGAAAAAGAAGAAGGAGAGAUGA